GUGUGUGUAAUCCACAGUACAGAGUUCACACACACUCUCCCAGUUUGUCAGUGUGUGUGAGUGUUUUCUCAGUCUCUGGUCAUCAUGGACUUCAAGAACACACACAAGCGCAAGGUUCUUCUGUUGUCGGUGGGCUUGGCUGUGUGUGUGCUGGUCAUUAUUCUAGGUCUGGCUCUGGGUUUGGGUCUUCAGCUGCGGGACUGCAGGGGUAAAGAUGUGUCGUCCUCCUGCAGGAAUCGCUGCUUUGAGCCAGUAGGUGUGUAUUCUGCGUCGUGUCGCUGUGAUCAUCAGUGUGUGGAGACUCAGAGCUGCUGCUUCGACUAUCGAGAUGUGUGUCUGCUGCCCUCUGAGCUGUGGGAGUGUACGUCUCUUCGCUGUGGUGAGAAGCGUCUGUCCGUCAGCAGGUGUCACUGUUCUGAAGACUGUAUGAGCAGAGGAGACUGCUGCACCAACUACCACAGCGUCUGCAAGGGAGAUACAGAGUGGGUUCAGGAUGAGUGUGUGGACUUGAGUACUCCCAAAUGCCCAGCCAGUUUUAAGAGGCAGCCGCUGCUCUUGGUUUCUCUGGACGGUUUAAGAGCUGAAUAUCUGCAGACGUGGGGCUUACUGGUGCCGGUGCUGGACAAGAUCAUAAGGUGCCGUAUGAGCAGAGGGUCUUCACGGUUCUCCAGUGGCUGCAGCUUCCAGAAGACAAACGGCCAGAUUUCUUCACGCUGUACCUGGAGGAGCCGGACAGCUCGGGUCACAGCUCUGGGCCGGUCAGCGGAGGGGACGGUCAGCCGGAGUCGCAGUGGGUGGAGCCUCUGCUCUGGAUGCACCAAUCACGCGUGAGAGACGUGGAGUGGAUCACCGGAUUGGACUUCUUUCAGGACAGCAAGCGUCCAAUCGCUGAGCUGCUCCGUCUGAAGACCCGCCCCACUGCCGCCAUUCACCCAAAAAACUGAGUCCCGCAAUCAGCGCACUUCCCUCAUUAGCAUAUUACUGUGAUUUAAUUUAUUCUGUUAUCAACGAUCAGGGCCAUCAUAGUGAACUUACUGUCAGAAAUGAAACGUCUACAUUUAUUUUCAUUCAUCUAUUUAUAUAAACACGUUCAUUUAGUUUACCUUCAUAAAAGAAAUAUAAAUAUACCUCAAUUAUUAAAAAAUACAUAAAUAAUUACUAUAAAUGUAAACUAAUUAAUACUUAACAGAUAUAAAGUAAACAUCAUUAAACUAAUUACCAUAAAAAUGUUCAAAUAAUUCUAAAAUAAUAAUGUGAGAAACCAGCGAAUAAAAUGCACUUAUAUUUUAGAGAAAGCCUGUAAACACAUGUCUGAACAUGAGAAAUUGUAGAUGCUGACCUAGAAAUGAACCUGAAAAUGUUGACUGGACUAAUGAAUAUUCAUUAAACACAACUAAUAAACCAGCAAACGAGUGAG